UGAUGGUUUAGUUCUCCUUGGCUGUGACACAACACACUUUGACAUGGUUGCAGUGAAGGAUAGUGCCACUGUAUUUAAAACAACAUUCAGUGGUAGAGAUGCUGUACUGAGAGAGUAUAUAGUAGGUAGUCAUGGAGGGGGAAGCCAAGAAGAGUUCCUGAAGAAAGCAAAGGACUACAAAGCCUUGGGUAGUGGCAGACUGGUGCCUUUGGAAGCCAUCUUCUUUCAGAAGAAUGGGUGCCAGUGCUUUGCCAGAACUCCUUACUAUAAAUUGAAUGCUGGAGGUUUGUCUGCUAAAGGAGAGGCCUCUACAGAGGCUUUCUACAAGCUCCUGUAUGGUGCUCUGGAAGGACUGUGUGUAUUACAUGGUGCUGGGCUGGUGCAUGGUGCCCUCCAUCCAGAGAAUGUCUUCAUUGGGGAGGAUGGCUAUGGUGUCCUAGACUUCAACUGGAGCCUGACACCAGAGCAGCGUGCUGGAACUGUGAAGACAUUCUCCAAUGGAUUGAAGUUCUGCCCCCCAGAGAUGAAACCAGGUGACCCACCCACUAUGCAGGGGGAUCUCUACUGCUUUGGACUGCUGAUACUUUGGCUUCAUUUUCCAGAGGUAAACAUGAGUGCAGUAGACAGUGAUGGAGUUCAGUAUAUACCUGCAUAUGGUGUGACCCCCACCUUGAAGUUGGUACUGGAGGCAGUGCUGCAGAGAAAUCCUGCACAGAGAGCUACAGCAGAGAGACUGCUUCAAAGUGACUUUUUCACAGAAACGCCCCUAGUAAACUCUGAGGAAUUUGAACCAGAGACAUUGCAGCUUAGGCCCAGGGGGUUGUCCCCAUCCCCCACCAGUCAGGGAAAGGGAAUACUGAAGAAUGGGACAGCCAAGCUUCAGAGACCAGAGGUUGUAGAAACUAAGAUGUGGAAGUCUGACAUAGAUGUCACUGCGAUUCCCCUGCCUAUAGAGAGUGACAGCCAGGAAUCCUUUACAGAACAAAUGGAUACUGAGCAGAUAUCAUUCAAGUGUGUGGAUAUCAAAACAGAAGAAAACCGAGCAGCAGACGGUGGUGACGUUACACCCACAGGCGAUUUAGACAUUUUUCCAACCAAAAUAGCACACAGAAACUAAAAAGAUGGUGAAGAAAAAUCACAUCUGAAAUUGCAGUGUCCAAAGGGAACUUUUGGGCCUAUUUCACAAAAGGAGUCUUAUUCUGCUAGGUCAUGUUAAAAGUUCUCUAAAUUGCAAUCUAUUGAAGGUUUGUUUUGGUCUUUUAACCAAGCCCCAAGAAUAAGUCAUGCUCGUCUUGACAAUGAUUAUUGCUCUCAGUGGUGGCAUUAGCUAAUUUAGUUAUGUGAGC